GCUUCCCUGCCGUCGACUGUAGGCAGGGGGGUGUUGUAGAGAGGCGAAGCGGAGGUGUUCUCAGGUGUUUCUGGGAGGGAGGAUGAGUGGGUAGCUUCGGCUUUGACGUAGGGGGCGGGCAGCCAUUUUGAAACGCAGCGCCGUUAUCCUCGUAGAGAAUCGAGAAUCUACUAUAUAGUGUGAUUGCGGUGGGUAGCGGAGUACUUUUAUGACGAGGUGGAGGUGUAUUUUUAUGGUGAGUAUGUUCCGAUUCGUUUCGCCUGUAUCCGGAAGCAGGAGUGAAGCUGGCCAGUGUUUUGGGCUUUGCGCCAAGGUGGGACCAGUGAGCAGCUGCUGCAGUGGACGGACUUUUCGGUGAGGUGAUUGGAACAGUUGAGUCGAGUUCUGCAGUAAGCGAUGAAUUUUUUGCGGGGCCUAGAGCGACGACCAUCGAAUCAAGAAGUUGCUCGUCUUCCCUCAGAAGGUGGAGCAAGGAGAUUCUUCCCUCCAACUCUGUAAUCUUUUGGCAGAGUCGAUGGCAACUAUCACAGCCAGGCGAGCUCCCUAUAAUAGACAACGAGGCCGGGGACCGGUACCGGCUCGUAGUGCAUUUGGUACUAGGCCGCAAAGAAAUACAGCAUGUCAAAAAACAUCCGCAGCAGCACUUAACUCGUGUGGUGUGACGAUGGAACGGAACGGAACACGGGUGCUGAGUCUUGGUGGCUUCAUAGACAUAGACAAGAUUCACCGGAACCUUCAUGAACCAAUGUACAUUUUCAUUGCAGCUUUGUCUCUCAACUCACUUUUCAUCAGCACUACUAUCUACCCUAAACUCAUUGUGGAUGUCUUGUCUCAUCAGCAGAGCGCUUUUUACUCCGUGUGUUUGUUACAGGUUCAGAUUUUCUACAGUUUGGCUGCCGCUGAUUUAAUGUUGUUGUCAGAAAUGGCUUAUGACAGAUACGUGUCCAUCUGUAAGCCACUGCAAUACGCAUCCCUAAUGAGUAAAACCCGUGUCUGCAUUUUCUUGGCUUUGGCCUGGUUUCUGCCUGCCUGUCAUGUGUCGGUGUCAGUGAUUAUUCAGUCCAAACAAGAACUUUGUAGUUUCAUUUUAGGGGGGAUUUUUUGCAAUACUACAAUUGUUAAGAUUCACUGCACGACGCCGACAUCUCUGAUGGUGUGGGGUUUUAUUGUUAUAAUGGACAUGGCUCUCGUACCCGUGCUGUUUAUCCUCUUCACGUAUAUAAAGAUAUUCACAGUGGCGUUUCGCAGCCAAGGAGAAAUUCGGACAAAAGCCAUCGAUACGUGUUUACCCCACUUGAUUGUUUUAAUCCUCUUCGCCUGUUUGAUUGUCUUUGAUGUCAUGAUAGGAAUUUUGGAGACGGAGCUUCCAAAACUUUUGCGACUGAUCAUGACUCUGCUUAUAUUAGUGUGCAGUCCAAUGUUUAAUCCGAUUAUAUACGGUUUAAAGAUGAAAGAAAUCUUGAAACACAUCAAGAAAUUGUUGUCGUGUUGCAAUCAUGUUGAAAUGAUCCAAAAAUAG